AUGACAUGGAGAUUAAGCAAUGUAGCAUCCAGAAUCAUGGGUGGAAACGGCAUCGGUUGCCGCUCUGUGGCCUCCUCUCUUCGCCAACGUUCUGGGAUGGGCCUCCCCGUCGGCAAACAUAUCGUCCCCGACAAACCCCUUCCUGUCAAUGACGAGCUAGUUUGGGACAACGGGACCGCAUAUCCCGAGCCCUGUAUAGAUCGCAUUGCCGAUACAGUUGGAAAGGUAGAAGCAUUGGCUUGUUUGUGCGGGGGCUUAGGAUUUUUCGCGUCUUUGGGAUUGUUGGUUGUGUGGAACGAUAAAGUUAGGGGUGUAACCGAUCCGCAGACACCAAAAGUCUAUCCAUGUGACAACCUACGAGUGGAGCUUGGUGGCCAACCAUAG